AUAUGCGUGCCGCCUGUAGGCCAGGACGGCUCGUCCACCCCUAUGCCGCAGUCGCCCGCAGGCGACGUGCGAGGGUUCAAUCGCUUGUGGGGCGACGACCCCGACGGCGCUCCCGCCCCCGCGGCCGCCCCCGCCCUCUCGCCCGGCGUCAGCGCCCUCGCCCGCGCCGACGGCGACUUCCACAAGUGGCGGCCCUUCGACGAGCGCUCCUUGUUUGCGACGUCAAACGGCGGAGAGAUGUCCUUGCCAACUGAUAGCAACGCUGAAGAAAGCACGAAAGGGCUCCCGCUGCACCUGCCCAAGCGCCAGCUGGAGCUCUUCCUGCGCAUCCAGAAGCAGCAGCGCGACGCAAUUGCCGCCAGCGUAAGUCAGAGCCAGACGUGUAACGAGGCGGUGGACAGAACGCAGGAGCAAGGUUGCUCUAGCGAUGAAGACGACACCUUGAGUAACAUAAUGGAGACCAUCACUAAAAAGGCAAUUAAACUAUAGUCAGGACAUCGUACAGAAGAAUGACGCAUGUCCGUCUGUCAGUAAAUCUUCACCAAAUCCGAGCUUACCCCUUGAAAUGCAAGAACUCCGAAAGAUCCAGAAAGACGAGUCGGUGAUCAAGCUGCUGUCCAGCAUUGAUCUGAAGAACAUCCUUGACACGGCCAGCGCCGCCUCAACGUCGACUGCGGGCCUUGUCACCAGG